GCUAGGCCAAAAAAAAAAACCCCCCACCCCCAGGAGGGAAGAGAAAAAAUAUUUUACUCUGACGCCAGAUGGUUGGCGAUUCCGAAAAACGGGCUUACCCAGGUCCUUGGAAUUGACUCAGGUCAUCCAUCCCACUGUUUCUGGUACUGUCUCUGCAAAGAGAAGCAGCCCUUGCAUGUACCUACCAACCUAACUCUCUUUGCACAGAAUACUCUGUACUCCUGUCUGCAUAUGCCUCUGGUCUCUCUCCCUCUGUCUCCGUCUUAGUCUCUUCCCUAAUCCGAGACCUACUGAAUCAUUUUUCUUUGCAGCUUUCUUGCUUGCCGCGUGCGACUAAGACAAAAAUCACAUUGACCGGCUGCAGUGACGAAGCUUUUUUUCUUUUUCUUCUCCUUCGUGUGUGACGAACUUCCCCAGAUCAAGUCUCCCACGACCCAAUUCUGACCCAAACCUGCUCCUCUACUCCUCUGGCUGAGCCUCUUGUCUUCUAUGAGCAGCCCCGUCCUGUCCACCCCCUGCAUUUCAUAUCGUAAGAAGAACGUCCCAAGAGACUGGAGAGAAGAGGAAGCAGAGCAGUAAUUACUAGUCGACCACUGAUAACCCCCCUCCCCCAGGCCCACGUCGGCUAGAGGACAAUCUUAUCGCGUCCGCACCAACCUCCGUCGCGCGGUAGCACCCACCCAACCCACAACCCACACGAGGGCCACAGUCACCUCACCCUGACCGAGCGAGCACCCCUUCUCUUCUUUCUGCAAAGGGAUCCAGGAAGACGAGAGCUACCAGUCCAUUCCCCCUGUUGCGCCCGCGCCCCAAUUGCCCUCUGGCUUUCCCUCCCACGAAGCUGAAAUCCACCACACGCCCAUCAUGAGCAAAGCAGCGGCUGUCAAGGAGGCCGUCAAGGAGAGCCUCCUUGGUGCCGAGGAACCCGUCCAGCUGUCGGCGCAGACCAAGGCGAGGUUCAUCGCCAAUGCCACCAAGGAUGAAGCCACAGGCGAGCUCUUCAUGGGCCCCGACGAGUUCACCAAAGCCGUUGCGCCCGAGGAUGAAGAUUUUCACAAGAUCAAGCGGGAACAGUAUGGCAUCCUGUUUGGCGUCGCCGACCGCAAAGACACCGGCAAGAUCACCCUCUCCGAGUGGGCCGCCUUCGAGAACCUGUUGAUGAAGCCCGACGCCGAGUACGAGAUUGCUUUCCGCCUCUUCGAUGUCGACAGGACCGGCAACGUCAAGUACGAGGACUUCCGAAAGCUCUACGAGCUCAACAAGGGCUCCGACAGCAUCCCCUUCAACUGGGAGUGCGAGUGGGCCGAGCUUUACAUUGGCAGCAAGAAGAAGCGCCAUCACAUGGACUACCCCCAGUUCUCCCAGAUGCUGCGCGGCCUGCAGGGCGAGCGCAUCCGCCAGGCCUUCCAGCUGUUCGAUAAGGACGGCGACGGCUUCAUCGACCCGGAGGACUUCGAGCGCAUCAUCCGCGAGACCUCCAAGCACAAGCUCUCCGACCACCUGCUUGAGAACCUGUCGACCCUCUGCAACAUCACUCUCGGCAGCAAGGUGUCGUACGCUAAUGUGCGCGCGUUCCAGAACAUGAUUAAGGAGAUUGACCUGGUCGAGCUUAUCGUGCGCCGCGCCUGCGCCAAGAGCCCCGACGGCAAGAUCACCAGGACUGAGUUCCUCAACCAGGCCGCCAAGAUCACCCGAUUCUCUCUCUUCACCCCCAUGGAGGCCGAUAUCCUCUUCCACUUUGCCAGCCUCGACGAGCCUUCCGGCCGGCUUGGCCUGGGCGACUUCGCCAAGGUGCUCGACCCGUCGUGGAGGAACGCCGUCUACGAUGCGGACGACGUCGCCUCGCGAGCUCUGGGCAAGGGCGCCACGGCGUCUAAGGCUCUGUUCACCUCGAUCCUCGAGUCGGCGUACAACUUUGGUCUGGGCAGCAUGGCAGGCGCCUUUGGUGCCUUCAUGGUGUAUCCCAUCGACCUCGUCAAGACGCGCUUGCAGAACCAGAGAAGCGCCAGGCCGGGAGAGAGGUUGUAUAAGAAUUCGAUCGACUGCUUCCAGAAGGUGUGGAGAAACGAGGGUCCUCGAGGCCUGUACUCGGGUGUCGUACCCCAGCUUAUUGGUGUUGCCCCUGAGAAGGCAAUCAAGCUGACUGUGAACGACCUUGUGCGUGGGCACUUCACCAACAAGGAGGGCAAAAUCUGGUACGGGCAUGAAAUUCUUGCUGGUGGUGCGGCUGGCGGUUGCCAAGUUGUCUUCACCAACCCUCUUGAAAUCGUCAAGAUUCGUCUCCAGGUCCAAGGCGAGGUGGCCAAGACGGUCGAUGGAGCGCCCAGAAGGUCAGCUAUGUGGAUCGUGCGCAACUUGGGUCUUGUUGGUCUCUACAAGGGUGCCUCUGCUUGCUUGUUGCGUGACGUGCCCUUCUCGGCCAUCUACUUCCCUACCUACAGCCACCUGAAGAAAGACGUCUUUGGCGAAUCUCCCACAAAGAAGCUCGGUGUCCUCCAGCUGUUGACUGCUGGCGCCAUUGCCGGUAUGCCUGCCGCCUACCUCACAACGCCCUGCGAUGUCAUCAAGACCCGUCUUCAGGUCGAGGCCCGGAAGGGAGAGGCCACCUACACCGGCCUCCGCCACGCCGCCAAGACAAUCUGGAAGGAGGAAGGCUUCCGCGCCUUCUUCAAGGGCGGCCCCGCACGAAUCUUCCGCUCUUCUCCCCAGUUCGGCUUCACCCUCGCCGCCUACGAGGUCUUGCAGAACGUCCUUCCCUACCCAGGCAAGCCCGAGAGCUCCAAGGUCCACACGGGCGUCGGCGACGCAAUCUCGACCCUCAAGGAGAAGCUCGACACCAGCCCCUUUGCCCGCAGCCGCAACGCUCUCAAGAUCAUCCUCGACAUUGACGAGGAUUUUGGCAAGGUCAAGGUUCCGAGCCAGGAAAGUUGGAAGAAGCUGCCCGCCUUCAUGCAGACCAACGGAAACAGCAAGUCAUGAGCAGCUCGAACUUGUAAAAUCGAACAGCCCGAUCGGGACAACCACGGAGGGGGCUUCCACUCGGCUCCCUCUGGAUCUGGAUCAAGUGUUCAAAGUCAACAAUUCGAAAGAAUCGCAUAUACGGCCGGGGAAUACAAAAAUUGUAGAGCAAUAAAACAAGAACCCUUAAGAUAGGCGGGGAAAGUACUCUAGAGCGGAUCAAGCAAAAGUUGGGUGGCGGACGCCCUUGCAACUGCAGAUGGAAAGAGAAACUGCAUAUUUUCCCCCGACGGCGUUCAGGGGUAGGCAUACAAGGGAUCUUGAGGCAUUUUUCUUCUUUGUUUGUUUUGUUUUGCGUCUUCUGCCUUGUCGUUGUCGCCUGUCAGUCCGCUUUCUCAUUGGAAAGGGAGAUGGAAUUAUCGCUCUGUAGUUGCGAUACCUAUGAUUUGGCAUAGCCGUGUCUCCCCUUUUCAGAUAUGUUCGCUGUAAGAUUGUAUGCGUACUACUACUUCUUAGAGGUCGAGAUCCUAGACUUUGUUUCUUCAAAGACGUGUUUCAAACCGAGUCGUCCCUUCUUGCAUUUGUGUCUGUAUGUGUAAAUAUCUGUGGAGUAGUUGUAGUGUUGCUUGAAGACAAGACGCCAGUGGUGUGAUUAAGCACAAAUUAAUCAAGCUUACAUUGUUCCCGCUGGCUUU